AUCUCUUUUUAGAUCAUCAUCCAUCCAGCAAUCCACGCAUCAGCCAUUCAACCCACAACCCACAACCACCACUCCUCUCGACGACACCCUCUCCUGCGUCUCCUCUUCGACUUCAUCUGCCAGCCCGUCUCAUCGCCGUCCUUCGUCUCAUCGCCCGCCCGUCUGCGCCCUCAUGCGCACAUCUCGGUGAUCUCCACGGUCGAAGGCAACCUCACGGCGGCCGCCCAAUCUCUCCUCCUCCGCAUCUCCUCCCGCAUUCGUCAAGCUGGCGACCCUACCGAGCCCGCGGGUGUCCGCACGAUUACCACACACGCUAUCACAAUGCCUCCGGCAUAGUGCGGCGGCAAGCCGAAGGGCUCCCACCAGGUGCUUUGCCUCCGCCUCCUCCUCCUCCUCCUCCACAGCCCACCAACAGACGACACCAAAGGCCAUUCCACCAGAAAUGGGAGGGUCCCCUUCGGCAAGACCAUGGACACGGACCGACCAAAUCGCCCAGUCUGUCGCUACCUCGCCGACUCCCUCAUCCAAGUUCCACAUCCCCUCGGUCAUCAUCCCGGCCGAGGCCGCGAAAUCCGGUCCGGUCCACAAGAUUCACAUCCUCGGCGACGAUGUGCGAUCACGGUUCAUAGCCCACGCCCUCUGCGGAGUCUACGAUUCCGUCGAACUUCUUGGAUCACGGUCGAUGCCAAAGUCCAGAUACCGCAAUGUGGAGGCUGCCCAGCCAGAGAGGACUCGGAGGACAGCCUACUCGGAGCCCAACGCGGUCCCGGUUCAACAGCACGUCAAGGCCGAAACAUCGCACAUUGAUCAGCUGAUUAUCACUGGCCGUGGAUUCGAAGCAGUAAAGGCCAUGCGGUCUGUCAGAGACCGGGUCGAUGAGAAGACGUCCAUCUGUUUGCUCAACGACGGAAUGGGCGUGCUUGAGGAGGUGAGGGAGAAGAUCUUUAAUGAUACCAAGACGAGCCCCAACUUUGUUCUUGGCCACAUGAGCCAUGCUCUGGUAUACAACCGAAACAGGGACUCUGUCAAGGAACUAAAGUCUGGGCGAUUGGUCUUGACGCAAACAAACCCGACGUGGGAUACACAGGAGCUCAUGGCUUCCCUUCGGCAAAGUAAAGACCUACGAAUGACGUCGGGCAGCUUUGAGAAGUGGAUGCGAUUCAAGCUUCCCUCGAUGGUUUUCGCAGCUGCCGUCGAGCCCGUGUGCGUCCUACUCGAAUCGCCGUACCAGACUCUGCUGGAAAACCGAUCGGCGCAAAGCAUGAUGAACCAACUUCUUGGAGAGAUCGUGACGGUUGUAGAACACCUACCCGAACUCGAAGGGGCAACUGAGCUUCAACGGUUUAUCAAAGGCGAGGGCCUAAAGAAGUGGUGCUACCAAAGGAUUAUGGGCAAGGCCUCUGCGCCUUGUGAACUGCUGCAAAGGGUUGAGAAGGGCCAGCAGACGGACAUCAAAUACCAAAACGGCUUCUUCCAAAGGAGGGCGAAGGCUUUGGGUAUCGACAUGCCGGUGAACUCGCUAAUGGUGCAGAUGGUCAACGCCAGGCAGGCAGAGGCCCUGGCGAAGAGGCAGUCUUACAUCCCAGUAGAGGAGAAGUCGAUGGCGGACCCUAGGGUCUAGACACGGAGGACGGAGUACUGAUUGAUGGCUGUAAAGUAUUGUAUCAUCCAUGGCGAAUAGCGGCUGGGGCAGAUGCAUGCAUGUAUAUACCAAUCUAAAAGGCACAUAUUUAUCUCGUCGA